AUGAGCGACGCAGAGGUCGACAAUGGGGUGGAGUCUGCCGAUCCUCUUACACCGCCCAACUCAGCCCUCUACUGGACAUCGUACGGCACAUGGUAUCCUAUCUUUCGCAAGCACGCCCCCAAGUCUACCGUGAUUGACAUCGGCACCGUUCAGCCUGAAUUGAUCCACUGGUUGGAUUCGGAUACUUUUAUCCUGCCCGAAGGAAGCGGGCCUGGAACAUCGAGCGCUCAAAUUUGUUCAUCGUCUUGCUCUUCGUCCUCUUGCUCGUCGUCGGCUCAAGCAGAGUCAGAAGAAGACGCACAAAUUAAGGAGGCAAUACAACUCUCAGCACUCGACGCAGAGAUCCGGCGUGUGGUGAGCAACUAUGACGGAGCCGUAUUUCCCAAGCUGAAUUGGUCCGCACCGCUCGACUCGGGAUUUAUGCUACCUGGAAACAACCUUCAAUGCUUACAUCCAGAAGACGUCUAUCUUUUACUGAAGAGCAGUGAAUUUGUAGGUCGUGAUCUGGAGCAGAUCUCGCACAUGACCGCACCGUGUUCUGGCGCAAGUGACGUCCAAGGAGCGCAAAGCGUUGGUCCGCAGCUCGUGCUGAAGAAGUGGUUCGGCUUGAACAAGUCGUACGAAUUCCGCUGUUUCGUCCGCUCGCACUCGCUCAUCGCUAUCACACAACGAGACGUCACAUUUUUCGACCACCUCCAAUCUCGCACAUUGCAGUCGCAAAUCAAGAACGCGAUCUGUACAUUUUGGACAGACGUAUUGCUUGCAGCUAAGCAGCAUGCAAAGUGGCAACUGGCAGACUACGCCUUUGACGUUUAUCUGACCAAAGACUUGGGCCGCGUAUGGCUGGUCGAUAUCAACGCGUGGUUGCCAAGGACCGAUCCGUUACUGUUCGAUUUCCAAGAGCUUGAUGCACUACACCGCGCAGACAAAGCUCGAAAAACCACCCUGCCAAGUGCAACUCUGGUGCACGAGCAACAACAGACGCUCCAAACCGCCCAGAACUUGCCCUUUACUCGAUCCAACCACGCCGCAGGCCAGGACAGAUUCCAACACGUCGAAUUUCGCAUCCUCUCCGAUCGGCGGCUGCAGUCUUGCGGCGGUACAGGCGCCACUUAUAGCAGCAACAUGGUCCCGAAAGACCUGGUCGAUUUCGCCAAAGGCAGCACCGCCACUAACGCGGCCAAAGACAUGUCGGUGGAGCAGAUCGUUGAAUGGUGGAACAAUCAAGUAGAUUCCCAAGAUCCGCCAGAGCAUUAA